AUACUGCUCAGUGUUUCUCUUUCUAUAUUGCUGCGCCUUGUGGCCCCUUUCCUGAAGGAAACGUUAUAUUCCCAUUCAUGAGGUCAUUGAUUUCCUGUAUUUUAGUAUGAGCCUUGUCAGAUGUGUGUGUGUGUGUGUGGAGGGGGGUUUAUUAGUGGUUCACUUCCUUCCUUUACCUCCAUCUGGACAAAAGCAGCAGCAGCAGCAUAAAUCGAGAGUAGGAAGAAAGUGAGAGAAAGUGCGAGCCAUGCACAUCAUCGUGACAGAGUCUUGCACACAAGCCACGACUUAAUCUGUGCAGAGGAAGUAAAACCGACUUGAGAUGAACGCUGACCGACACGGUUACAGUCAGACAUGUGUUACCGUCUCCUCAGGGCAAUCUGCUGUCUCUGCCUUCUUCACACCGGUCUCCGGGCUGAAGAAUGCACCCAGGGGGUUCUGGCAGAGCGUGAGACGCUCCAUGUACCAGCAGGACGCAGUCUGUCUCUGUCCUGCGUGGUGCAGCACUGUGGAGACGCCUGGACGGGAAACUGGAUGCGGAGAAAUUCAACAGAGGAAAAGUCAAUUGCGGGGCACCGUCUGACCAAUGUGACGCUCUCAGCCAAUCAAACUCAACUCACUUUAAAUUUCCUGAGUGUCAGCAAAUUAGACGAAGGCCCCUACGGCUGCAGAGUUAAAUGGGCUCAAGGUGACACUGAUCAGGGACAUUUGAAGUAUGUGAACGUCACUGCAGCCGUCUCUUCUCAGAGGAGUGCACUGCACAGGGUCUUGGUCUGUGCCGGUGCUUCCCUUUGCGUUCCCAUCAUUCUGGUAAUGGCUCGUUGCCUGAGUUCAGAGGUCAAGCCCCAGCCAUUUCCCAGGACACUGUCCACGUACUCAGCUGUCUGCAGACCACAGCCGGCUCCACAGCCCCCGCCUCGAUGCCCCAUACCUCAGAAACGUACCACUCCCUCUCACAAAGCCGUCCCCAAGUCCGUACAGAAGACGGAGGUGGUGUAUGCUGAUAUUUCCCAGGAUGCACUGGGACAACAGGGAGCCACCAGACCGCCUGAGCAGUCCAUUGUGUACUCAUCCCUAAGAUUUUCCUGACUGCGAUCGAAGCAGACGAGAAAAUUGUCUGCUGGGGAUUAUUUCUGCGUGCUUGAUCCUCGACGCCUUCGGGAGACCGUUCGACGUGGACUUUUGGAAUCGUGGGAGCUCUUUUCCUGCAUUCUCAAUGAACGUGUCACCAUCAGGUCGUCCUUGAACCUGCGCAUUGUGGAAAAGAAUUUAAAAAGGGGGACAAAAUAAUCCGGCAGAGUCAUUUUUCGUCUCUGGGGGACUGUUUGAAGUGCCAAAGAAAAGCGCUCAUGUGCAGGCAGCACGAUAGACGGCAAGUGGCGCAGAUAAUGAGGAGAUAAUGCAGCAUGCACGAACCAGCUGAAGCAUCCAGAGGGAACAAGAUUCCUCUCGAUGGCACAAUUUCACUCACAGAAACACUGUUGUGUUUCUUUUGAAAAUGUAACUGCAGACAAGCAGUCAGUGCCGUCUGGCCAAUUAAAAGUUUUUUAAAAUUGUUUUAUUAUUAUUAUUUCGGAACAAACUUUGUCUAUAAUGUCCAUCCGUACGUUCAUGUGCAUAACACUAAAUAAAGCGUGAACCCCUGUA